CAGGGGAAGAUGUCUGGGGCGUCUAGGAUAACUACUGGAGUCGGCGACGUCGCCGAUUUCAUCCUGUCCGCCAAGGCAAUGGUCGACAUAGUUAUCCAAAGUGUGCCACAAGCUGCGCCGGCUGCACUUCUAUGGGCAGCUGGAUCGUCCUCCCACUGCUGUCUUAGAUCUGUUAACAAACGCCCAGAUUCUCCGGAACCUGCACAAGCGACAAGAUCCAACCUUGCCAGCAUCGCCUACGUUAUCUCGAGAAUGGAUUGGUAUCGCGCAUUAAGCUAA